AUGGAAAAAGGUACAAAAUUUGAUAAUAAAAAACAGGGACAAUUUCGUCGUCAACGAACACAUUUUACCAGUGAACAACUAUACGAAUUAGAAUUAAAUUUUACUAAAAAUCGGUAUCCUGAUACGUCAACAAGAGAAGAAAUUGCUGCAUGGAUAAAUUUAAACGAAUUAAAAGUGAGAAUAUGGUUUAAAAAUCGUCGAGCAAAAUAUCGAAAACAUGAACGUCAUUUUGAACAUUGGUAUAAUUCAAUUUCAUCUUAUCGUACAUUCUUGCCAAAUUCAACAUUUACCGACGAUCAUUUUUGGUAUCCAAAAUGUGUUGAUACCAGUAGUCAAUAUUCCUAUAAGGCGCAUAAUUAUACUUCAGCUUUAACAACAUACUAUCAAGAAUUUCAUUAUUCUUCAAUGAACAAUUCUAGUAGAAAUGACGAUACUCCAUUAAUCUAUCAAAAUGUUAUUAAUCCAUAUUCAAGUAUCGGAUACGAUUAUAUCAAUUCGAGUGAAAUAGUACAAGAAGAUGACGUUAUUUUUAGUUAA